AUGGAUGCUACUAAGAAGGUGCUUGUUGCUGGCAAUAAGGGAGAUAAUGUUGUUGCUACUGCUGACAUAGAUCUCAAGCAUGAUGACUUCAUGGUUGACAUGGAGAUCAAUAGAAGUGAAGCUGAACAUGAGGCUGUUGCCGAAAAUGAGGAUCAGGAUGGCUCUGAUGAGGGUGUCUCCAAUGAGACCAAGGACAUCGCUGUCAAACUCCAGACUCAACUCACGGAGCAGCAUAUUCUCAUUGGGGAGCAGCAGUGCCGCAUCCGGAACUUGGAGGCUGAUUCUGUUAAGCUUCUGGCCUUGAUUCAGAAGCUGAGCAAGGAGGUGCAAUUGAUCCCUAAGGAAAAUGACACCUCCAACUUCAUUCAUGACCUACAGACCACUCUCCAGUUCGUGCAGGAUCAGCUCAUGAAGCAAGAGAAACACAUCUCUGUGCUUCAAGCUCAGUUCAAGGAGAUCCGGCGUGGAAACCUCUAUCAGCCUGCUCCUGCAGGAGAGCGAGUCGUCAACGCCUUUAACAGCCGUGCUGCACAUGCUGCUGCACCUCCUGCUAUUCCUCCUCCUUUUGGAGCACGUGCUGAGCCUCCUACUACAGCUGCAAAUGCCUUUGGCUCCUGCCCUUCGACCCUGCCUCAUUUUAAACGUAACGCAUCCCGCCUCCCCCAAGCUCUCCCCACAUCCCCCAAGCUCUCCCCGCGUCUCCCUCACAUCUCCCCUGCAUCUCCCCCGCACUCCCCUCAUCUUCCCCACUCUCCUGUCAUCUUCAGCGCUCUCCCCUCACCAUCCCUUCUCGCUCCUCGUCUCACCCGCCCCCCCCAUCCCCUACUCCCCCCUUCCUCCCUCUCCCCUCUUUUUGAUGCGUGCUCAGCCUAUCUCGUCUCUCCUCACGUCCUAACCAUCCCCGAUCCCCCCCACCCUCCCUUCACCUUUCUGCUGUUCACCCCUCAUCAACCCCACCCAUACACUCCUCAUUACCUUUCCCCAUCCAUCCCCUCUCUCCAGUCCCUUCCCCCCAACCAACCCACAUUCCCCACCCGCUCACUCUACAUCUCCUCGCUCCCAUCCAUUUUCUCUCCGCUCAAACCCUCCUCCAACCCCCUCCUCUCCCCCUCUUCCCCCCUUCUCUCCUGCCCCUCCUAA